CGUGGUCGAUCGUCAUCUGUGCGACGUAAACAGAGCAGUGACCAGCGACGUCGUGUUUUAAUUAUUCGCCUUGCUCAGCCGCUCGUACAGGAAAUUUGACAGAAAAAUGAUUCCACGGUCGUUAUUAGCGAGUUCCUUACUCUUUUUCACGCUGAUUUGCUGUGCGAACACGGAAUUCAGUGCUGAGGAUUGUGCUGCGCUUGGAUUCAGCAAGGCAAACCUUCUGUGCUCCUCCUGUGAAACCCUGGCAGACUUUGGUCUGCAAGAUCUGAAGGAUCACUGUCGGCAAUGCUGUCACAAAGAGGAAAAUGACAUAAAUGUGAAGAAGUACCACAGUGCCCGCUUGGAGGUUUGCACUUGCAAAUUUGGGGCCUACCCACAAAUUCAGGCCUUCAUCAAGAGCGAGAAGCCGUCCAAGUUUAAGAACCUGACCAUUCGCUACGUCAGGGGCCUCGAUCCUGUUAUCAAGCUGAUGGACAAGGAAGGAAAUAUUCAAGAGGUUUUGGCAAUAGAACGGUGGGAUACGGACACUGUCGAGGAGUUUUUGAAGACUCAUUUGGAGCCUGCGGAUGAUUUCCCGGACGAUUACCUCUUCACCAACCAAAUUUAAUUUAUCUUAAGGUUUGUGUUCAUGCCUCUUUGACUAUCACAAUGAAAUUUUGAAAUUAAAUUAAACAAAAACAUUAAAUUGUA